AUGAGCCGUCUUACAUGUGCAGGGUCGUCACAAAAGACAUGGUUUGUGAGCAUAGAUAACUACAAUGAUGUCCAACUCCGUUCACCGCCACCACCUCCGAAAGCCGGACCGACACCAGGCCAGUCACCAAGUCCAAAAGAUCUUCUAUCCAAGUCCAAGAGAGCUCCUCCAAGUCGAUACACAGCUUCAGCUUGA